AUGGUGGAAGCACAACGAUUGUCUUUCAUUAGAGCUAAUCAAAAGUUAAUUCGUUGUGAUAUUCUUAAUGGAUUACAAGAGGCUGUUAAUAGAGGAGAGACAGAUCCUUCUUUAAUUGGAAGACGUAUUGUACUACUUGCUUCAUUCACUGGUGGUACAAGAUACAUGUUCAACAAUUGUCAAGAUGUUAUGGCAAUUUGUAAAAAAUUUGGAUAUCCUGAUUUGUUCAUUACUAUAACAUGCAAUGUCAAUUGGAGCGAAAUAAGAGACUUUGUUUUACCAAAAGGGUUAUCACCUUCAGAUAGACCUAAUAUUGUAUGUAGAGUCUUCAAAAUGAAACUGGAUGAAAUGAUGACAGAUUUAAAAAAAAAUGACUUUUUUGGGAAAACCAUUAAUGGAAUUAAGCUGAACAAUAGAAGUGUUGUUCCUUACAAUCCACGACUUCUAAUGAGGUAUCAAGCUCACGUCAAUAAAAAGUAUUGCAACAAGACCAAUUCAAUAAAAUAUUUGUUCAAAUAUGUCAACAAGGGUCCUGACAGAGCUACUCUUAAAAUAAGCAACAACUCUGCACAAUGUGACAAAGAAACCAUUAUUGAUGAGAUCAAGAGGUAUUAUGAUUGUAGGUAUCUAUCACCAUGUGAAGUCGCUUGGCGAAUAUUUGCUUUUGACAUCCAUCACAGAUGA